GGAGUUAAGGGGGCAGUAUCUCUUGUUCUUGCUCACACUGCCGGGAGCUGGGCAGACUGGGUCGGCUACUUCUCGUUCACGCGGUUUGGUGCUUUUUUUUUUUCUGUAUUUCGGGUGCCGAGCUGUGGCUCGCUGGGGGAAGGGGGGGCAGUUUCGGUGCCAGCUGUGGCCGGGGCGACGGGAGAGUUUCAGCACGAGCUGCAGUUGAGAGCCCACUUGUCUCUUCAGAGAGAGGGGGGCUGACGCAACGGACUGACACUUGGUGGAACAGCCGAGUGGAUCGGGUUGUGCUGUGUGCCCAUCACUUUUUUUUGUAGGUUCUUUCAUUAGUUUUGCUGUUUGCUUUUUUGGUUUUUAUCCCAACCCACGAGUUUUGCCUUUGUUUUCUCAUUCUCUUCCCCAUCCCACCGGGGGUGGGGGAGGGGUGAACGAGUAGCACGUGAUUUUAGCUGCCGUUGGAGGGGAGGUGGGGCUAAACUAUGACAGUCCUUUUUGGCGAGCCAGGCAGGAGAGGUGAAGGGUUGGGAUAACGACAGAGCUGACCAGACUGUCUUAAAAUUUACUAUAUUAGUGAUCACAGUGUUUCUUUGUUAGUCCAUGUGGCUGUGUCAUCUGAUUUCCUACAUGCCUUAUGUGUUCUCUGCCAUGCUGUUUAUUACAUCUGGGAAUAUCAGCCUAUGAGAUCGUGAUUUCUUUUUUUACAUGUCUCUAUUGGCAUCUUUAUAAGAUCAUGUUAUUUCCAUAGCUCGGGCACCAUCUCUCAGAAUUAAUUAGUAAUCUCACUCAGUCUAUGGAGAAGAUGGAGGGGGGAAUUUUCCCCCACUUUUUCACUUCCCUUUUCUCCUCUGGUUUAGGUACAGUGGUUUUUGAGGAUUUUGAACACCUUAGCGAUAUUCAAGCUAGCAUGCUCUUGUUGUUGUGUCACCUGAAUGUGUCUCAGGUCACAUACAGAAUUGCAAAAUUGUGUUUUAAGAAUAUCACUCAUAGAUUUGCCCCGAUGGUCAUGGGUGGAAUGGCAUGUGGGAAAACAUGGGCAGGUACCUAGAGAAUUUCUUGCCUCUGGUGGUUUGGAUUUUCACUCCUGAACAACUGCAGACCCCUGAUGAGGUGAUAGAAUGUUUAAAAGGAAAAUGCUCUGGCUACUCCAGAGAAGCACAAUUUACUGCACCGUGCUGGGCCCUGGCCAGUAUCAAACACUGUUCAACACCAUACAGCACCCCCACAGCAAAGAAAGGAAUAACAAGCCAGUAGGCACUAUGGCUACUCCUACCCUUGCACCAAAAGCUGCAGCUGCUCAAACCCCAGUGACAGGCACUGUGGAUACCCAGAUCCAGGCAACAGGUGCUGCAGUUGAAUCAGAGAACCAACCUGUGUCUGUAUCAGUUACCCCUAUACAGAAAAAGAAAUACAUUAAGAAAUCAGUUCACUUAAUGAGGGAACAUGAUGACCCAGCCCCAUCACAAGAACAGGAGGAGGAGGAGGCAGAACCAGAGAUAAUCAUCCCAUCUCUAUCCCCAGUGAAUUUGCCUGUCAGCUAAAGCCUUCAUAUUAACUGCAUUUUCCUGGAGCACCAGACACAUGUUUUGGUAAACCCAGCAAUGGAAUGCAAACUUAUUGAUAAGCACGGAUGGACAUCUCGCGAGAGGGGCGACGAGAAACAAGAGACCAAGAAACUGACCAACUGUGUAUAACAUCCCAUUCACGUGAAUACUUCAUAUAAAAGUGGGAGAUCACGAGGAUCUCGUUGGCUUUUCCCUUUUCCCUUCUGCUUAUGGCCGACAUUAGGAGAGGACCUUGCUAGUCGUGAACUGAAGCCCAGUGACAGACUGAAUCCAGCUCCGAUUGGCUGCAGAGUCUAAUCCAGGACUUCAGGUGCCGGCUCUGCAGUUGCUGAGACUUUCAAGAUUGGUUUUGUAUAUUUUGUAUUAUUUUCUCUAUUCUUAUUAGUAGCAUUAGUAAAACAUCUUUAAUUUUUUCCAACUCUCUUCUCUCUGUGCUUCUUUUCCUCCCAAUCGCCUCUCCUUAGUGAAAAGGGGGGAGAGGGAGGGGGAAGUGUGGGAGGGGGAGAGGGGGUUAACAAUACAUCUGCCAGGGUUUUAUUGUCACCCCGCAAUCUUAACCCUCGACAGAUAAUUGGCGCCCAACGUGGGGCAAGAGAAAGGGGUAAAUUUGAAGAUUUUUGGCUUUUCCACUGCUCUGACGUACCUUUCAGUUUUCUUGGCACGGUGCCAACUCAUAGAGUUGUGAUACUCGCGCGUCCGUUUGCUUUGGAUAUUAUUUAGUUGUAUUAAGGCAAAGUGAAUUACACUGAUUUAAAGAUGUUAUGGCAUAAGUUGUAUCAGUUAUUUUCUACACUGUGCUCACUGAUUCCAUAUCUGUGUUGGGCUUUCUUUUUAAAUCGAAGUAUUCAUUAUAUAACAACAAGGAACUGGACAAUGGUCAUGAUGAUACUGUGUGGUUUGUCACUGGUUUAUUUCAUUAUACUGCAGCCGCUAAUGAAUUUCUACUCGCUUCUGCUUUACCUUGAAAAGCCUCCAGGAGAGAUUAAAGAGCAGUACGGCUCUGUGUUUGCUAAUUGGUCGAGCGAAUCUUUAGAAAGGCUGACUAACAAUACUUUCGUUUUUUCGCUAGGACAGUUCGCAAACGUUUUAGAGAACUUUGCAUAUCCUUGGAGUUUUGAUAGAACUGUGAUGGUGUUAUCUGGUUUGCUGAAUGUGUUUCAGUUUGUGUUUCUGUUAAGAGAAAUGGCGUUCAACAGGAGGUUUGCGUCUCUUUGUUGUCCUGAGAUUUGCGGUGCAUCUUCGGAAGCUUUAGCAAAAAGCACUCCGAGCCGCUCGAGAAAGAGCAAAACAGCAAAAGCUGCCGCUGCAGCCACUGCCCCUCCAACGGCGGCUUCUCAGGCUGAAGCUACAGCUCCUCCGCAGAGUUCCUCUGCCAAGGUCGCUGCAGAUAACAUUACUUCUCCAGCCUCAAAGGCUAACAAGGCAGCCCCCCCUUCUUCACACACUGGGCACUGUUGCUGCUGUAGCCACUGUGACAGUCAUUCAGACUCUGGAAAUAAAUCAAAUGAUGGUGAACCCAUAUCAGCAUCAGUUGCUGGUUGUAAGAAAGUCACUAGAAAGACUACCCGUGCAGCAGAUGAUGGCACAGGGCCAACAUCAACCCAAGGGGCAUCAUCAGGACAGGGAGGAGAUGAAGUGACCACCACUCGGUCCUUUUCUCCAGGUGAACUGAGAGAUCUGCGAAAAGACUUCAGUCGUCAUGAAGGCGAGAAUAUUUUAACCUGGCUGCUCCGAUGCUGGGACAAUGGGGCAAAAACAAUUGAAUUGGAAGGUGGUGAAGCCAGGCAUCUGGGAUCUCUGUCAAGAGAUUCCACCACUGAUAGGGCAAUUUCAAGAGAGUCUAAUGCCACUACCCUCUGGACCCGACUCCUGGCAGCUAUGAAAGUAAGAUUUCCCUACAAGGAAGAUUGUAUAUCCAAGUUAGGGAAAUGGAAUACUAUGGAGAGAGGUAUUCAGUUCCUGAGAGAAUUAGCUGUGCGAGAGAUCAUCUAUUUUGGAUCAGACAACCAAGAGGGGACAGACCCAGAUAGAAUCAAUUGUACAUGAUCUCUGUGGUGCAGAUUUGUACAAAGUGCACCCCCUGCAUAUGCCAAGGCAUUGGCAGGAAUGGUCUGGUCAGCUAGAGGUCUACAAGAGAUUAAUGAAGUGAUUGAGCAGCUCCGGAACUUUGAGGACAGCCUUGCUGGUUCUCUACGGGCUUGUGUCUCUGCUGUAGAGAAACUGUGUGAAAAAUCUGAUGACCGUUUUGAAAAGCUGUUGCAAGAAAUCAAAGAACUCAGAGAAGCACGUACCAUUCACGACCUGCACAAACCUAUGUUUCAGCUAUUAGGAAAAGGCGUUUCCAAUCUCGAGAGAGAGGACAGAGGUAGCCCACAAAAAGAGGUUCACUGUGGUUCUUCCUACAUGAGCAGGGAGAAAACAUGAAUAAGUGGCAUGGAAGACCUACCUCAGAACUUCAGGAAUGAGUACGUGAGCUAAAAAGAAAAACUCCUAGGAAGGCGGCUGCUCCAGUUUACAAAAGGAGCAGAAGAGAUUCUGAUGCUCUUGAAGGAACCUCUAAUUCACACCCAGAGACUGUGCAAAACAGAAAUUAGAGGUGCCCUGCCUCCAACCAGGUGGAGGAAAGGGAUAACAGAGUUUAUUGGACUGUACAAAUACGAUGGCCUGGUACAACACACCCCCAGGAGUACAAAGCUUUAGUGGACACUGGUGCUCAGUGCACGAUAAUUCCUUCUAAUUAUAAAGGAACGCAAUCCAUCAACAUUGUUGGAGUGACUGGGGGAUCCCAGGAACUGACUGCUGUAGAGGCUGAAAUGAGCCUAAGUGGAAAAAACUGGCAAAAGCAUCCCAUUGUGACUGGUCCAGACGCCCCGUGCAUCCUUGGCAUAGACUACCUCAGGAGAGGGUAUUUUAAGGACCCAAAAGGGUAUAGGUGGGCAUUUGGUAUAGCAGCUGUGGACACUGAGAAAAUUGAACAGCUGUCUGAUUUGCCUGGUCUUUCAGAUGAUCCUUCUGUUGUAGGACUGCUGAUGGUUGACGAUCAGCAGGUGCCAAUUGCUACCACGACAGUGCAUCGCCGGCAAUAUCGCACAAACCGAGACUCUUUGAUUCCGAUCCAGAAGUUGAUCCGUCAAUUGGAAAGCCAGGGUGUGAUCAGUAAGACUCGCUCACCUUUUAACAGCCCAAUCUGGCCGGUGCGUAAGUCAUAGAAAAUUAGGAUUUUAGGCCUAUAUCAGUGUUAUAAGCUGUGCUGCUAAAGCUGCAAGUCUCAGCUUGUCCCCUGUAUAGUCCUUACCCAGAACCACGAGCAUGGUUACCUUAUGCUUGCUUUGUACCCUUAGUUAAGACAUUGAUAAAUGCUAUUCUUAAGGUUGCUGAUUUCUAUGCUAGAUUGAUGAACUAUGGAUAACAAAUGAGACAGGUGGAACUUCAAAAGAAGCUAGCCCUGCAACCUGAUGACGUUUCGUUCGGUACUUGCCAAGAAAGAAGAAGUGGAACCCGCAGACCACUGGAACGGAAGGAACCUGAGGAUAUCGACAGUGAUAGAUAUCGACAGUGAUAGACAGUGAUAGAUUUUGCUUAGUUGCAUAAUACCUGUUAGAACCCUAUAUAAUGACUAGUUAUACUGCUGUAUGAUUGUCACUCUCUGAGGAGGUGACCCAACGCUGCUGUUCCUGUGAAUCUUCUACAAUAAAUACUGCUCAGAGUAACCCACAAGAGUUUGAGUCUCUAUCCAGCGCCUACCUAUGACCUUUUUUCAGUUGGCACCCCCCAGAUGGGACUCUGCAGCACAAACUGAAACAACGGGACCUGUCCAGGGACAGGUGAGUUCGAGUCUCUCCUGUUCUCCUGAUUUGUUUCUUUUCUUUAUAUUUUUUUUUAGAGUUCAAGUCUCUAAAUAUAUUUACAAGGAUGGGGGCUGGACCCUCAGUUCCUAAAAAUACGCCUUUGGCUGAAAUGAUUUCAAAUUGGGGAAGAUUGUCAGGAACCGCAGGGUUGCACAUAAAAAGAUUAAUCGCCCUCUGCCAAGAUGAUUGGCCUUUUAUAAGCAGAGUGGCUGGGGCUUCCCUUGAUGAUCGGUGGCCGAUUUAUGGCUCAUUUGAAGAAACUAAAUUGCAGUCUCUCCGUAAAAUCCUGGAGGACCGCCAGCCCCAACAAAUGGACUAUUUGUAUUUGUGGUUUGACUAUGCUGAUAUACAAAAACGAAAGCAACUCCAGAAGAGCAUGAAUAAACACCAAUUACUUGCUUAUCUGGAUGAUGAAAUAAGUGACAAUUCUAAGCCCAAAACUGAUUCACCUGCAGGUAUUUUUCCCUAUGACUUUAUCCUAUGUGGCUAAUCCUAGAGCUGGUUGUAGUAAUGCUGGCAACCAGCCACCGCUUCUCGGGGUAACUACACAUUACCCCUGGAAACCAGGUGAUCUUUUACUCUGGCAUGAUAAAAUGCCGCGACUCCGUGAUGACGCGGAGCGAUGCUCUAAAAUAAUUCGAACUAUUGCCCGAGAUUACUCUCCCAGCUGGAAUGAUAUGCAAACACUUUUGUCCGAAUUAUUUACACAUGAGGAGAAACAAAAGAUCCUGGCUAAAGAUAAAGAAUUGGCUGAACAGACACAGGGACGUAAUCCCUGGCCAGAACAAGAUCCAAAUUGGAACUUACAUGAGGAGGACCAAAAAGCUACCUAUUUAGUUGCAAUUGAUAAUCUGAUUGAAGCAAUUCGAAAGUGUGAUGAAAAAGUGACUAAUUGGUCAAAAGUUACAGAGUGCCAACAGGCUCCUGAUGAACACCCGGGAGACUUUUGGCACCGCUUGAGAAAAGCUUUAAUACAGUAUGGAGGAAUGACCGAAGAUAAUUUUCAAGAACCACUGGCUAUUAGCAUUUUUGUCAAUCAGUCAGCCCCUGAUAUUUGAAAACAUUUUCAAAAACAUAUGCCUGGCUGGCAAGCAGAGAAUUUACAAAAAGUUCUCUCUGUUGCUAAUUUUGUGUAUAAUGGCCGUACAGAAGAGCAACAGCGUAAGCUACAAUUAGAAAGGGAGGCUGAGCGCCUUCGGCAGGAGAAAGAACGUGAGGUCGAACGUAGACGGUAUCGGAGAGAAAGACAGGAAGAUAUGAACUUACUAGCUGUAGCUAUAGCUCAGGGGGUUUCUGCAACUCGGGGACGUGAGUAUCCCCGAGGAGUCCGAGGGGUAUUCUGAGCUCGCUUCCCUCGGGGCCGGGGACUCCUUGGCAGAGGAAUCGGGAUGGGAAGUUCCUUUCCACCCAUGGGGGGUUCUUUCCCAAUUACAAACCCUGCUGUUACCAACCCUACGAAUGACACAAUGCAAUUAACCUGUUUUUGGUGUGGUAAUUUAGGACACAUGCAAUGUGAAUGUCCGUUGCGACCCCAAUAUCAACUAGGAGCUACUCUACCUGCAACUGCUGCCACUGCUGGUAGUCAACUUGGUGGUAUUACUGACGCCCCUUCUGCUCCGCCACCUCCAUAUCGUCGUAGCUACUCUCAGUAAGCAUUGCAUAAUGACCUUAGAAAUUUCCUCUACAGGCCAUGUCUUAGCUGAUGUUAAUGGAAAAUCAGUCUCUUUCUUAGUAGAUACUGGGGCUACACUCUCGCUUCUCAACUUUGACGUGCCACAAAUAUCGCAGGAAAUGAUUGCUAUCAAGGGUGUUACAGGCUCUGUGCUUAACCAUGCUCUCUCUAAACCACUCCCUGUUACUUUAGGCGAUAAAGUUACAUGGGCUCGCUUUAUUAUUGCACCGGGGACACCAACUUCUUUGCUGGGACGAGAUCUCUUACAAGAGUUUGGCACUCAAUUGACCUAUGGUAAAGGUAAAGCUAAAUUGAUUUUUAUUGGAAGUGUUUUCACUCUAGAUCAUACUCCGAAGAAAGAAGUGGCCAUUCCGUGGGAAUUGUGGAAUGUCCCUUCUGGACUUUGGAGUCGUACAACUAAAGAUAUUGGUCUUUUGAAGUCUGCGCUGCCGGUUGUUAUUAAAACUAAAGGUGGUCCCCCUCCUGCUAUUAAGCAAUAUCCAAUACCAGCUGUUGCAUUACCGAGUUUGCGAAAACAAAUUCAAACCUUUCUCGAUGAAGGGAUUCUAAAACCUGUUAUGAGUCCGUUUAAUACCCCAAUUCUUCCAGUAAGUAAAAAUCGACUAGAUGAGGAUGGUGAUCCUGAGUACCGUUUUGUACAAGAUUUAUGGGCUAUCAACGAUUAUGUUGAAGCUCCGGAACCCAGUUGUACCAGAUCCAAGUUUAAUUUUAACUGAGAUUCCAUCUUGGGCGCACUGGUACACUGUUUUAGAUCUGACGGGAGCUUUCUUUAGCAUACCUGUAGCAGAAGAAAGCCAACCUUUGUUUGCCUUCACUUGGGAAGGUCGCCAAUUGACUUGGACUCGGCUCCCUCAAGGCUUUACUGAUUCCCCUACCUUGUUUUCGCAAAUUCUCAAAUAUGAUCUCCAAGAUAUUGAAUUGCCAAACAAAUCUGCACUGAUUCAAUAUGUUGAUGAUUUACUUGUUGCUAGCCGAACUCGGGAGGCCUGUGCAAUUGAUACAGAGCACCUUUGCAUUCGACUAUAUCAUAAGGGUCAUCGUGCCUCAUUAGCUAAGUUACAAUUCUGUGAACCAGAGGUAAAAUACCUGGGCUUUGUUUUAGCAGGAGGAGUUCGAAAGAUUGAUCCCGACAGAAUCAACGCUAUUCUUCAAAUUACACCACCUGUUACUAAAAAACAAAUGAGAGCUUUCCUUGGCCAAGCUGGGUUCUGUCGACCAUGGAUUUUAGGGUUUAGCGAACUAGCUAGACCACUUAUUGAAACUACAAAGGACAAAGCUCCAGAGCCAAUUGUCUGGACGCCAGAAUUGUCCGAUGCCUUUGCAUCUUUGAAGCAAGCCUUAGUCACAGCCCCAGCUUUAGGCCUGCCAAAUUACUCUAAACCUUUCACUUUGUAUGCUACCGAGAAGGGUGGCAUUGCAAAGGGGGUCCUAGUACAACCUCAUGGACCCUAUGAAAGACCUGUGGGUUAUUAUUCAGUUGCUCUUGACCCAGUUAUUAAAGGGUCACCACAUUGCCUUAGAUCAGUAGCAGCAGCUGCGGAAUUAGUGGAAAAAUUUCGCCCACUUGUUCUGGGUCACAAAUUGAUUGUUGCCGUGCCUCAUGAAGUUGAACUUUUACUAACCCGAUAUGCUACCAAGUCUCUCUCACCGCAGCGCACACAUCGAUACGAAGCCAUCCUGUUACUGACUGAUAAUAUCUCUUUAAAACGGUCAAAACCCUUAAACCCCUCUACCCUUCUACCUGAGGUGCACUGCAGAGAGAAAUCCCAUCAGAGUUCCAGACCUGAGCGGACGGAGGAAGAAAUGCAGCCGACUCAAUAUGAGUGAUAAAGCAUACUUCAACUUUAUUGCCCGAGAUAGGUGCAUUUAUACCAAAUACCAUAAUUAUGCAUACUUGUCUCUAUCUAAUAGGCUAAGCACUAAAAGGUUACAUUUACUUACUCCACCUACUUGGGUUUAGCUAGCUAUGCGCAUCCCGCAUUCUUCUGACUCUUAUCUCUUCAAGGAUAUCCUGACCCUGCCUUAGUACUUUUCCGUUCCCCCCUUUCCCACGGCCUAAUAGACAAGCUAACUAAGGCCUACUUAUGUCAACUAAAAUGGGCUCUGCUCGUACAGUUGCUUGGUGGACUCAUGUCCGUGCUCCUUGAGCCAAUCCCCGACAGUGCACCUUUCCAAUGACCCACACGACUGUGUGCAAUUUGUCACCACUUAUUCUAAAACCAGAGAAGAUUUGCAAGAUGUUCCUCUCGCCCACCCUGACCUUAACCUGUUCACAGAUGGAUCAAGUUACUAUCUGCAUGGUAAGCGUUUUACUGGUUUUGCUGUUGCCACUGAAAAUCACGUACUUUUUGCUGAACCUCUUUCUCCAGCGCUCUUUCUCUUUCGCUCAUGGCAACGCCUUGGCCGACUCCGCGGCGAGAGCGGCGGCAGUCCACGAUGUAUCUCCUGCUACGACUGUGGUUGCUACCCUUCUUCCUUUUCCCGUUGGUCCUGCCCUUUAUGAUGAUUGGAUGAAAAAGAGCUCAACAAAUGGAAACGCUGGGAAGCAACGCAACAGGAUGGCAUUUGGAAACUAGGUGAUAAACCCUUAUUGCCUAUGAGGUAUGUCCUUCCUCUAACUCGCUGGAUUCACGAUUGUACUCAUGGGGGGCCUGAAGCUGUAGCCUCUAAAAUCCAACAGUUGUGGGCAGCGCCUGGAGUUUACAGUGCUGCAAAACGCCUGACUGACUCUUGUACUCUUUGCAAGAAAUAUGGGGUCACAAAGGUCACAACAGUCCCUGGCAAGCGUCCGCGUGCUUACUUUCCUUUUCAGAAACUGCAAAUUGAUUUCACAGAACUCCCUCCUUCUAUGGGAUAUAAGUACAUUCUUGUUAUUGUUGAUCAACUUUCGCACUGGGUGGAAGCCUUUCCUACUCGCAAGAAUGAUUCGAAAAUUGUGGUUAAGACCCUGCUUCGUGAUAUCAUUCCAAGGUACGGUAUCCCUGAAAUUAUUGAUUCUGAUAGGGGACUGCACUUUACUGCUGCUGUUCUAACGCAAGUUUAUGUUGCUCUUGAUAUACAGGCUGCCUUUCACACGCCCUACCAUCCACAAUCUUCUGGACAGGUAGAGCGGAUGAAUCGCACUAUUAAAGAUCGUUUGGCAAAAGUCACUGCAGACACAGGUCUCAAAUGGCCUGAAGCAUUACCGCUUGUUUUAUGGGAUCUUCGUACAACUCCUCAUGCUACUACUAAACUCAGCCCUGCUGAAGUUUUGUUCGGGCUAGUUUUGGCAGUACCGUUUACCUUUAUGUCUGCCAAAACUGCCCUCCUGGAAGGGGACGAGGCAGUAACGCAGUAUUUGCUCUAUCUGCAAAACAGUUUUGCUCGGAUCAGAAAUUAUAUGCAUUGGUAUCAAGGGGUGACACCACAAAUUCAAGAAUUGCAUAACCUAUCUCAGAUUGUUUUACAGAAUCGAAUGGCCUUAGACAUUUUGCUAGCUUCGCAAGGAGGUGUCUGUACCAUGCUAAACUCCAGUUGCUGUAUGUAUAUCGAUCAGAGUAAGCAAUUGAUUACUGAAGUGGAUAGAAUCUGGGAAGUUAGUCAUGUUAUGCAGCAAAUUCAACGAGAUGACGCUAACUGGGGUGUCGCAGACCUGUGGCAAUGGAUGACUUCCUGGUUUCCUGAUCUCGGAACGUUAGUGAAGAAGAUUUUGAUGAUUGUCAUUGUCAUUGUAAUUGUCUUUGUGAUCAUUUUUGUUUUGAUUCAAUGUAUGUCAAUGUUUUGUAAUUGUUGCUUGAAUCAACAGAAGCUUUAUUAUCUUUAUCAGUAAAUUGGGAAAUUUUAAAGAGAAAAUGGGGGACUGUUGUAGGAAAAUAGGAAAUUAGGAUUUUAGGCCUAUAUCAGUGUUAUAAGCUGUGCUGCUAAGGCUGCAAGUCUCAGCUUGUCCCCUGUAUAGUCCUUACCCAGAACCACGAGCAUGGUUACUGUUGUAGGGAAAUAGGAAAUUAGGAUUUUAGGCCUAUAUCAGUGUUAUAAGCUGUGCUGCUAAAGCUGAAAGUCUCAGCUUGUCCCCUGUACAGUCCUUACCCAGAACCACGAGCGUGGUUACCUUAUGCUUGCUUUGUACCCUUAGUUAAGACAUUGAUAAAUGCUAUUCUUAGGGUUGCUGAUUUCUAUGCUAGACUGGUGAACUAUGGAUAACAAAUGAGACAGGUGGAACUUCAAAAGAAGCCAGCCCUGCGACUGAUGACCUGUCGUUCUGUACUUGCCAAGAAAGAAGAAGUGGAACCUGCAGACCACUGGAACGGAAGGAACCUGAGGAUAUCGACAGUGAUAGAUAUCGACAGUGAUAGACAGUGAUAGAUUUCGUUUAGUUGCAUAAUACCUGUUAGAACCCUAUAUAAUGACUAGUUAUACUGCUGUAUGAUUGUCACUCUCUGAGGAGGUGACCCAACGCUGCUGUUCCUGUGAAUCUUCUACAAUAAAUACUGCUCAGAGUAACCCACAAGAGUUCGAGUCUCUACCCAGCGCCUACCUACGACCUUUUUUUCAGUUGGCACCCCACAGAUGGGACUCUGCAGCAUAAACUGAAACAACGGGACCUGGCCAGGGACAGGUGAGUUCGAGUCUCUCCUGUUCUCCCGAUUUGUUUCUUUUCUUUAUAUUUUUAUUAGAGUUCAAGUCUCUAAAUAUAUUUACAAGGAUGGGGGCUGGACCCUCAGUUCCUAAAAAUACUCCUUUGGCUGAAAUGAUUUCAAAUUGGGGAAGAUUGUCAGGAACCGCAGGGUUGCACAUAAAAAGAUUAAUUGCCCUCUGCCAAGAUGAUUGGCCUUUUAUAAGCAGAGUGGCUGGGGCUUCCCUUGAUGAUCGGUGGCCGAUUUAUGGCUCAUUUGAAGAAACUAAAUUGCAGUCUCUCCGUAAAAUCCUGGAGGACCGCCAGCCCCAACAAAUGGACUAUUUGUAUUUGUGGUUUGACUAUGCUGAUAUACGAAAACGAAAACAACUCCAGAAGAGCAUGAAUAAACACCAAUUACUUGCUUAUCUGGAUGAUGAAAUAAGUGACAAUUCUAAGCCCAAAACUGAUUCACCUGCAGGUAUUUUCCCUAUGACUUUAUCCUAUGUGGCUAAUCCUAGAGCUGGUCAUAGUAACGCUGGCAACCAGCCACUGCUUCUCGGGGUAACUACACAUUACCCCUGGAAACCAGGUGAUCUUUUACUCUGGCAUGAUAAAAUGCCGCGACUCCGUGAUGACGCGGAGCGAUGUUCUAAAAUAAUUCGAACCAUUGCCCGAGAUUACUCUCCCAGCUGGAAUGAUAUGCAAACACUUUUGUCCGAAUUAUUUACACAUGAGGAGAAACAAAAGAUCCUGGCCAAAGAUAAAGAAUUGGCUGAACAGAUACAGGGACGUAAUCCCUGGCCAGAACAAGAUCCAAAUUGGAACUUACAUGAGGAGGACCAAAAAGCUACCUAUUUAGUUGCAAUUGAUAAUCUGAUUGAAGCAAUUCGAAAGUGUGAUGAAAAAGUGACUAAUUGGUCAAAAGUUACAGAGUGCCAACAGGCUCCUGAUGAACACCCGGGAGGCUUUUGGCACCGCUUGAGAAAAGCUUUAAUACAGUAUGGAGGAAUGACCGAAGAUAAUUUUCAGGAACCAUUGGCUAUUAGCAUUUUUGUCAAUCAGUCAGCCCCUGAUAUUCGAAAACAUUUUCAAAAACAUAUGCCUGGCUGGCAAGCAGAGAAUUUACAAAAAGUUCUCUCUGUUGCUAAUUUUGUGUAUAAUGGCCGUACAGAAGAGCAACAGCGUAAGCUACAAUUAGAAAGGGAGGCUGAGCGCCUUCGGCAGGAGAAAGAACGUGAGGUCGAAUGUAGACGGUAUCGGAGAGAAAGACAGGAAGAUAUGAACUUACUAGCUGUAGCCAUAGCUCAGGGGGUUUCUGCAACUCGGGGACGUGGGUAUCCCCGAGGAGUCCGAGGGGUAUUCCGAGCUCGCUUCCCUCGGGGCCGGGGACUCCUCGGCAGAGGAAUCGGGAUGGGAAGUUCCUUUCCACCCAUGGGGGGUUCUUUCCCUGUUACAAACCCUGCUGUUACCAACCCUACGAAUGACGCAAUGCAAUUAACCUGUUUUUGGUGUGGUAAUUUAGGACACAUGCAACGUGAAUGCCCGUUGCGACCCCAAUAUCAACCAGGAGCUACUCUACCUGCACCUGCUGCCACUGCUGGUAGUCAACUUGGUGGUAUUACUGACGCCCCUUCUGCUCCGCCGCCUCCAUAUCGUCGUAGCUACUCUCAGUAAGCAUUGCAUAAUGACCUUAGAAAUUUCCUCUACAGGCCAUGUCUUAGCUGAUGUUAAUGGAAAAUCAGUCUCUUUCUUAGAUACUGGGGCUACACUCUCGCUUCUCAACUUUGAUGUGCCACAAACAUCGCAGGAAAUGAUUGCUAUCAAGGGUGUUACAGGCUCUGUGCUUAACCAUGCUCUCUCUAAACCACUCCCUGUUACUUUAGGCGAUAAAGUUACAUGGGCUCGCUUUAUUGUUGCACCGGGGGCACCGACUUCUUUGCUGGGACGAGAUCUCUUACAAGAGUUUGGUACUCAAUUGACCUAUGGUAAAGGUAAAGCUAAAUUGAUUUUUAUUGGAAGUGUUUUCACUCUAGAUCAUACUCCGAAGAAAGAAGUGGCCAUUCCCUGGGAAUUGAGGAAUGUCCCUUCUGGACUUUGGAGUCGUACAACUAAAGAUAUUGGUCUUUUGAAGUCUGCGCUGCCGGUUGUUAUUAAAACUAAAGGUGGUCCCCCUCCUGCUAUUAAGCAAUAUCCAAUACCAGCUGUUGCAUUACCGAGUUUGCGAAAACAAAUUCAAACCUUUCUCGAUGAAGGGAUUCUAAAACCUAUUAUGAGUCCAUUUAAUACCCCAAUUCUUCCAGUUAGUAAAAAUCGACUAGAUGAGGAUGGAGAUCCUGAGUACCGUUUUGUACAAGAUUUACGGGCUAUCAACGGUUAUGUUGAAGCUCCGCACCCAGUUGUACCAGAUCCAAGUUUAAUUUUAACCGAAAUUCCAUCUUGGGCGCACUGGUACACUGUUUUAGAUCUGACAGGAGCUUUCUUUAGCAUACCUGUAGCAGAAGAAAGCCAACCUUUGUUUGCCUUCACUUGGGAAGGUCGCCAAUUGACUUGGACUCGGCUCCCUCAAGGCUUUACUGCUUCCCCUACCUUGUUUUCGCAAAUUCUCAAAUAUGAUCUCCAAGAUAUUGAAUUGCCAAACAAAUCUGCACUGAUUCAAUAUGUUGAUGAUUUGCUUGUUGCUAGCCGAACUCGGGAGGCCUGUGCAAUUGAUACAGAGCACCUUUGCAUUCGACUAUAUCAUAAGGGUCAUCGUGCCUCAUUAGCUAAGUUACAAUUCUGUGAACCAGAGGUAAAAUAUUUGGGCUUUGUUUUAGCAGGAGGAGUUCGAAAGAUUGAUCCCGACAGAAUCAAUGCUAUUCUUCAAAUUACACCACCUGUUACUAAAAAACAAAUGAGAGCUUUCCUUGGCCAAGCUGGGUUCUGUCGACCAUGGAUUUUAGGGUUUAGCGAACUAGCUAGACCACUUAUUGAAACUACAAAGGACAAAGCUCCAGAGCCAAUUGUCUGGACGCCAGAAUUGUCCGAUGCCUUUGCAUCUUUGAAGCAAGCCUUAGUCACAGCCCCAGCUUUAGGCCUGCCAAAUUACUCAAAACCUUUCACUUUGUAUGCUACCGAGAAGGGUGGCAUUGCAAAGGGGGUCCUAGUACAACCUCAUGGACCCUAUGAAAGACCUGUGGGUUAUUAUUCAGUUGCUCUUGACCCAGUUAUCAAAGGGUCGCCACAUUGCCUUAGAUCAGUAGCAGCAGCUGCGGAAUUAGUGGAAAAAGUUCGCCCACUUGUUCUGGGUCACAAAUUGAUUGUUGCCGUGCCUCAUGAAGUUGAACUUUUACUAACCCGAUAUGCUACCAAGUCUCUCUCACCGCAGCGCACACAUCGAUACGAAGCCAUCCUGUUACUGACUGAUAAUAUCUCUUUAAAACGGUCAAAACCCUUAAACCCAUCUACCCUUCUACCUGAGGUGCACCUUUCCAAUGACCCACACGACUGUGUGCAAUUCGUCACCACUUAUUCUAAAACCAGAGAAGAUUUGCAAGAUGUUCCUCUCGCCCACCCUGACCUUAACCUGUUCACAGAUGGAUCAAGUUACUAUCUGCAUGGUAAGCGUUUUACUGGUUUUGCUGUUGCCACUGAAAAUCGCGUACUUUUUGCUGAACCUCUCUCUCCAGCACUUGGAGCACAAGCCGCAGAACUAAUUGCCUUGACUCGUGCUGCAACGUUUGCUAAAGGUCUCCGAGUUAAUAUCUAUACAGACUCUAAGUACGCUUUUGGCAUUUGUCAUUCUGUUGGCGCACUUUGGAAAGAACGCGUUUUUUUGACCUCCGCCGGUCGUACUAUUGCUCAUGGACAAUUAAUUCAUGAUUUGCUGCUCGCUAUCCAGGAACCACGAGAAAUUGCUGUUAUUUACAUUCCUGCUCAUACUAAACGCCUUGAUUCUUUCGCUCAUGGCAACGCCUUGGCCGACUCCGCGGCGAGAGCGGCAGCAGUCCACGAUGCAUCUCCUGCUACAAUUGUGGUUGCUACCCUUCUUCCUUUUCCCGUUGGUCCUGCCCUUUAUGAUGAACUGGAUGAAGAAGAGCUCAACAAAUGGAAACGCUGGGAAGCAACGCAACAGGACGGCAUCUGGAAACUAGGUGAUAAACCCUUAUUGCCUAUGAGGUAUGUCCUUCCUCUAACUCGCUGGAUUCACGAUCGUACUCAUGGGGGGCCUGAAGCUGUAGCUUCUAAAAUCCAACAGUUGUGGGCAGCGCCUGGAGUUUACAGUGCUGCGAAACGCCUGACUGACUCUUGUACUCUUUGCAAGAAAUAUGGGGUCACAAAGGUCACAACAGUCCCUGGCAAGCGUCCGCGUGCUUACUUUCCUUUUCAGAAACUGCAAAUUGAUUUCACAGAACUCCCCCCUUCUAUGGGAUAUAAGUACAUUCUUGUUAUUGUUGAUCAACUUUCGCACUGGGUGGAAGCCUUUCCUACUCGCAAGAACGAUUCGAAAAUUGUGGUUAAGACCUGCUUCGUGAUAUCAUUCCGAGGCUGCCUUUCACAUGCCCUACCAUCCACAAUCUUCUGGUCAGGUAGAGCGGAUGAAUCGCACUAUUAAAGAUCGUUUGGCAAAAGUCACUGCAGACACAGGUCUCAAAUGGCCUAAAGCAUUACCGCUUGUUUUAUGGGAUCUUCGUACAACUCCUCAUGCUACUACUAAACUCAGCCCUGCUGAAGUUUUGUUCGGGCGAGUUUUGGCAGUUCCGUUUACCUUUAUGUCUGCCAAAACUGCCCUCCUGGAAGGGGACGAGGCAGUAACGCAGUACUUGCUCUAUCUGCAAAACAGUUUUACUCAGAUCAGAAAUUAUAUGCAUUGGUAUCAAGGAGUGACACCAGAAAUUCAAGAAUUGCGUAACCUAUCUCAGAUUGUUUUACAGAAUCGAAUGGCUUUAGACAUCCUGUUAGCUUUGCAAGGAGGCGUCUGUACCAUGCUAAACUCCAGUUGCUGUAUGUAUAUCGAUCAGAGUAAGCAAUUGAUUACUGAAGUGGAUAAAAUCUGGAAAGUUAGUCAUGUUAUGCAGCAAAUUCAACGAGAUGACGCUAACUGGGGUGUCGCAGACCUGUGGCAAUGGAUGACUUCCUGGUUUCCUGAUCUCGGAACUUAGUGAAGAAGAUUUUGAUGAUUGUCAUUGUCAUUGUAAUUGUCUUUGUGAUCAUUUUUGUUUUGAUUCAAUGUAUGUCAAUGUUUUGUAAUUGUUGCUGUAAUGUCUUGAAUCAACAGAAGCUUUAUUAUCGUUAUCAGUAAAUUGGGAAAUUUUAAAGAGAAAAUGGGGGACUGUUGUAGGGAAAUAGGAAAUUAGGAUUUUAGGCCUAUAUCAGUGUUAUAAGCUGUGCUGCUAAAGCUGAAAGUCUCAGCUUGUCCCCUGUACAGUCCUUACCCAGAACCACGAGCGUGGUUACCUUAUGCUUGCUUUGUACCCUUAGUUAAGACAUUGAUAAAUGCUAUUCUUAGGGUUGCUGAUUUCUAUGCUAGACUGGUGAACUAUGGAUAACAAAUGAGACAGGUGGAACUUCAAAAGAAGCCAGCCCUGCGACUGAUGACCUGUCGUUCUGUACUUGCCAAGAAAGAAGAAGUGGAACCUGCAGACCACUGGAACGGAAGGAACCUGAGGAUAUCGACAGUGAUAGAUAUCGACAGUGAUAGACAGUGAUAGAUUUCGUUUAGUUGCAUAAUACCUGUUAGAACCCUAUAUAAUGACUAGUUAUACUGCUGUAUGAUUGUCACUCUCUGAGGAGGUGACCCAACGCUGCUGUUCCUGUGAAUCUUCUACAAUAAAUACUGCUCAGAGUAA